GCGCUUAGGUUCAUCAGCUGCCCCCUGCUCAAGGCAUGAGUGGCGCUCGGGAGGAGGCUGCCUCGCGGUCAUGACGCGGUGGCCCAGGAGCAAGGGCUGCGCUACCGCAGCUCCCCAAUCCUCUCCGGGAGCAGCGCCCCCAGGAUGAGAAGGCCAGAGCCGAGCCCCACGUUCAGUGCCUCAUUGAUGUCCUGAGUGCCUGAGCCCAGCCCAGGGACAACCACCAACCAGCAGCUUCCCGCCGGGGCACCUGCGCGCUGGACCGGGUCGACGCGGAGUGAAUCCCAGUCACCUCCCUUCCGGGGCUCUACAGCGCGUUGUGGACGCGCCUACAGCUUGUCCACACACCCGGAGGCCCCGCAUUCGGGAACCACUGUCAAGAAACAAUAGUCUUUCGGAACUACAGGUUGUCAUUUCUCCACUACCGGCCCCGUGUCAGGCAAGGGCGCAUAGUCUCAGACACCUCUUGUCCGGCGCCCCCUCCGUUCUCCAUCACUACAACUUCAGCUCCACUUUGCCAAUAAAGCUUUUUCCAAACUCGCGCAGGCACCCUCACCCAUCACAGCCCCAAGCCACAGGGCGCACCGGGGCUCUGCCCUCGCCGGCCACAGCGGUCCUUGGCACAGCCGAAGCAGGCGAACGCAGGCGCCACCGGAGCUUCCCGGCUACCCUCCAAACAGUGACAAAUUCUAUGUAUCUUGGGCCCCCAUCAGGAGCCAGCCCACCAUAGGACUCAGCUUGCCGGGCAGCGAGGCAAGGCGGGCGGCCGGGAGGAGCGGAGUGAGGGGGGUGACUCUCCGGGUGAGUGGCUCUGGACAGCGAGGGCGGGGAGCCAAGCACGGAGGUAACUCCGGGCGCCACAGAAGCCCUCCUCCUCCUCCUCCUUCUCCUCCUCUCGGCGCUCCUCUGGCGACCGCGACCGCUCCAGCUGCGGCGCCGCGGCCACAUCUGGGGCGCCCAUGUGCGCUCGGGGGCUCGGCUGCGCCCGCCCCGCCGCCGCCCCCGCAGCCCCCUGCCUGCAGGGUGGCCCCUGGCCGGGCCCGGGUCCCGGGAAAUCCCGGGUUUUCAUUGCCGCCAGGCAGCGCCGGGAUUUGUUCUGUAGCAGCCUUGGACGCCCCCGGCCCCGCGGUGGCUCCGCCGUGGUGUGGCGGAGGCUGCGGUGGCGGCGGCGGCGAUGGUGGUGGUGGUGGCUCCUGCUCCCCCUGCCCGGUGCGCCCCGCCGCGCCCAGCGGCAGCCCCACGGGCGCAAGGACCGAGGCCUCUGCGGGGACCGAGGCGGGAGCCGCGCUGCCGGGCUCCCGGGCUGCCACUCCACCUCCUCCGGCCCCGCCACCGCCGCCGCCGCCUCCCGCUGCGCGCGGUCCUAAAGCCGCGCGUCUCAAGCGGAUGGUGCGCCUGGCGGCCGAACUACUGCUGCUGCUUGGGCUGCUGCUGCUCACGCUGCACAUCACGGUGCUGCGCGGUUCCGGAGCCACCGACGGGCCGGACGCUGCUGCGGCCAACGCCAGCGGGGCCCAGCUCCAGAAUAACCUCAACAUGGAAACUGAUUCCACAUCAGAAACCAACUUUCCCUUCUCCAAAGCAGCAGCAGGGGAGCAACCAGACCACCAGGCUGCACACCAACCCUUCCCCAGACAGCGAUUCCACCAAGAGAAUGGGCACCCGUCACUGCAAAGAGAUGGCCCCAGAUCCUUUCUCCUUGAUCUACCAAACUUUCCAGAUCUUUCCAAAGCUGAUAUCAAUGGACAGAAUCCAAACAUCCAGGUCACCAUAGAGGUGGUCGACGGUCCAGACUCCGAAGCAGAUAAAGACCAGCAGCCGGAGACUAAGCCCAGCUGGUCAGUCCCAUCCCCCGACUGGCGGGCCUGGUGGCAGAGGUCCUUGUCCUUGGCGAGGGCAAACAGCGGGGACCAGGACUACAAGUACGACAGUACCUCAGACGACAGCAACUUCCUCAACCCCCCCAGAGGGUGGGACCGUCCGGCCCCAGGCCACCGGACUUUUGAAACCAAAGAGCAGCCAGAAUAUGAUUCCACAGAUGGUGAGGGUGACUGGAGUCUCUGGUCCGUCUGCAGUGUCACCUGUGGGAACGGCAACCAGAAACGGACCCGAUCUUGCGGCUACGCAUGCACUGCAACCGAAUCUAGGACCUGUGACCGUCCCAACUGCCCAGGAAUUGAAGACACUUUCAGGACAGCAGCCACUGAAGUGAGCCUGCUUGCGGGAAGCGAGGAGUUUAAUGCCACCAAACUCUUUGAAGUUGACACGGACAGCUGUGAGCGUUGGAUGAGCUGCAAAAGCGAGUUCUUAAAGAAGUAUAUGCACAAGGUGAUCAACGACCUGCCCAGCUGCCCCUGCUCCUAUCCCACCGAGGUGGCCUAUAGCACGGCCGACAUCUUCGACCGCAUCAAGCGCAAGGACUUCCGCUGGAAGGACGCGAGCGGGCCCAAGGAGAAGCUGGAGAUCUACAAGCCCACGGCCCGAUACUGCAUCCGCUCCAUGCUCUCCUUGGAAAGCACCACGCUGGCCGCCCAGCACUGUUGCUAUGGCGACAACAUGCAACUCAUCACCAGGGGCAAAGGGGCGGGCACACCCAACCUCAUCAGCACCGAGUUCUCGGCGGAACUCCACUACAAAGUGGACGUCCUGCCCUGGAUCAUCUGCAAGGGCGACUGGAGCCGGUACAACGAGGCGAGGCCACCCAACAACGGGCAGAAGUGCGCAGAGAGCCCCUCCGACGAGGACUACAUCAAACAGUUCCAGGAGGCCAGGGAGUAUUAGAGACGAGAUGCCGCCUCCGGUUCUGUGACAAACACGGGGCCCUGAUCUGCCAGCAGGCACCCUGUCCUUCCCAUCCACCUGGGUGUGUAUCUGUACAGACCUCUCAAGUAUUACUGAAGAAAUUAUACUAGGGGUGUAC